AUGAACACAUUUGAGCGGCGCGAUUUUGAUAGUAUUCGACCUGUACUGGCUUCAGGAGCAUUUUUUGUAUUUAUUUUCACAUUUCAGUUUUACAGGUGAGUCUAACGGGCUGUAACUGGAUUGAUCUUUGAUUCUACAUUUUUUAUCUGCGCAAUCAAAUAGCUUAAUUAAAUAAGUCUUAAUGUAUGGGAUUAUAUGGAAAUAUUGCCAAGAAAAUUCCUAUAUAGUAGCUCUUUAUUCAUCAUGAACUGAAAAUUGAAAUUAAUGAAAUGUCCAUAUUUAUACCGCGCGCACCGGUACAUACGGUGCAUAGAGCGGUUUUCACUUGACUGUCGUAAAACCAAAACCAAAGUAAAUACACUAGCCAACCAAAGGGCGUAGUAAAACCAAAACCAAACCAAUUCCUCAAUUACUUUCGACAGUCAAGUGAAAACCGCUCUAUAAGCUGAAAGGAAAAUAUAAAUUGACGGUACAAUCCACGAAGAUAUUUGUCUUUUAAACUUAAGUUGGACCAAGCAUUUAUUUCCAGUUUGAAGCUGACAGAUUGACAAAUGAUGAGCACCAUCGACUUAUCGACUAGCUUUCUGAUGAUCAAUUUCGAUCGACACGUAAGGUCCUGUGUUAGUCUGCACCGAGCGCUGUGACUUUAUGACUUCUUGCAGUCAUACUUAGUUCAAGGCAGGAUGGGAAGGUAGGACGGGGGGAUAUCAUGCUCAAUCCAAGUUUGGAUGGGUUGAGAAAGUAUGGGCUGUUAAGUCACAAACAAGCUUAAAUGGAAGGAAUGAUCAUUUCCUAUAGUUAUAGUCUGGGUUUGAAUGGGAGAAGACUUUUGGAGUAAUCACAAUUUAUCCAAGUUUGGAUGCAUGAAGGAUUUCAUUCAAGUUUUGAUGGAAGGGGUGGGUUAGCAAAUGUUUAUGUGGUUUCUAAUAUACUGAAUAAAAUGUUGAUAGUUUUUCUGUUAAAAUUACUGAAAUUUAGUUCAUAUUACAAAGAUUUUCGUUUUACUUUAUGUCAAUAACUUUCUCAAAUGUUUACAAGAGUGGAGGACAGCUGUCUUGUACAGCCCCAGCUUGAGUGGAGGGGUGGGAAGGAAGGGCAUGGGGGAGGUAAGGGUCAUCUUCUGAAGUUCAAUCUGAGUGCAACUGAGUUCAGUUCAGCUGAGUUCAGUUCAAUUCAGUUGUGAUAGCAGAGACUAGUCUAGCUACUCUAGCUAAGUGUUCUUUUAAUUUAGACGUAUUUAUUUAGAUUGAAAGACAUGGUCGAUAGCUGAACUUAUAUUAAACUGAUCCAUAUGUUAAACACUUGUUAUUUUCUUUUCUCUUAGUUGUCCCACCUUACUCAUUGGAAUAUGGGUUGUUGCCUUCGGUGUUGCAGUAGGAUUUGUUGUAUUUAGGUAAGUUACAUGAAGAAGACUAAGUUUUAUGUGGUCAACGGUCAUGUCUAUUUACCUUGAUCCUCAGAUUAUCUUUAUAUUUAAUGUACAUAUGUGUAACAAUACUUUUAAGGAUUAAAAGUUAGGUCGUUGUGAAAAUGGAGUAGUUUUAGGUUAGCGAGUAAUUAUUAAAUUUUUUGAUUGAAAAUUGUUUUUAGCAAUGUAUAUAAUUAAAUUACUAAAUGGAAGUUGGUUCUUACUUCUUUGCUUUGGUGUCUUUCUGGGUAUUUUUUGUGCUACAGCGUGGGAAUGUGCAAGACAUGAAAUUUAUACGUACACAUAGCAGGUAUUAUUAACCCAAAAAGAAUUCUUUCAUAAUGGAGGACUAUUAAUAUAAAUUUCUUUUACAUGAGACCAGAAAGGCUCAUUUAUAUUCAUAUAAAGAAAAAAUAAAUGGGCUGCCACUAUGAAAGAGGUCUAUGAUCUGGGCCAGCAUUAUUGUUAUGACUGGGUUGUUUAGCCUAGCAAAUUUGUUUUCUUUAUUUAGCUGUUGUUCAGUUCUGCCAUCUUUUUUAUUACACUGGGGCCCUCGAAAAAGAGUAAGUAAACCAAACAAAACUUCAAAAUUAAUUUAAAUUCUGCAUGGUGUUUUUUUUCUUCUUCUUCUUCGUCUUCUGAUGCUGCUGUUCCUCCUUCUCAAAUGAGUUUCUCUGGUUCAGAAAUGUAUUUUGCAGAGAAGUUUUCUUGGUGGAUCCAAGUCAAAGAAAAAUAAAAGAAUAAGCUGCUUUAAGCAAAUUUCUUCAAACCAAGAAAAUUUGAAAGGAUACAACAAAUAUUCUAGAUUUUAUUCAUUUCUUACUAGAAUAAUGAGGAUCUUGAUCAGCAACAAAGAGUUGUUUCAGGGACAUGUACUAUUUGUGGAAACCGUAAAUGUCAACGUCAUAGGUGAGAAAUGUAUUUCUUGAUAAUUUUGUUACAUUAUGUUUUGUAUCUUUUUUCCAUGUAAAACAAUCCACAACAGGAACAACAGUGUGAAACAAAUCCAUAUUAUAAGAAGUGAAUCAAACACAAUUCCUCUGUAUUACAAAAGUGACUUUUGUUUGUACACGUAUUUAACCCUAUCAUGCAGUAUAUGCAAUAACUUUUGAUAAUUCAUUUGUGGUUAACAAAAAAAGCCUGGUACCUCAUUAUUGUAGAACAAUGAUAAUAAAAAGUAAAACAUGAAAACCAUCUAAGAAUGGAGUAAAGAUGAUGUAUUGCAUUUAUUUGCACAAACAUAAUUUUUAUUAUAAAUAAUCACAUGCCACUGACAGCAUGACACAGUAGAAGGAGAAUUAAUUCAAUUAAGUGCUAUAUGUUGUCCAAUAGUUAUUGUUAUUUAAAAUUGUACUCAAUGUCUUUCUUUUUAUGGGCAGUAAAGGCCCACCUAUGGCUAAUUUUAGAAAAUUGUCAGCACAAUCUACAGAUUAGUUUGUUAAUUAAUAACUAAUCUGUAGGUUGUGCAUCAAGUUAAAUGCAUGAUUUCCAAGAGAAAUAUCACAAAGAGACUGUGUUCAGUGCAACAGCUAUAGAUGUGUUUGUUGUUAUUUUUUAUAUCAGUGUAUUAUGAAUCAAUCAGUAGAUUUAGUUUUGUGAAUUAUCCAGAGUAAGGAAAGUGUUAUCAGCUAGCGCCAUUUCUGCUUGGCUGAAAACACUUGCCUCGGCCUUGAUCAUGUUCUUGGAUCACAAAAACCUUAUCCAAUAAUAAUUAUUGUAAUAAACUGUUUAUAAAAGGAAAAGAAUAAUUUUGAGCACUCAAGCAGAGUAAGAUGAACUUUUUCUUUAUUUUCCCCACAAUAAGACCAGAAAUUUCAAGGGCAAAGCUCAAGGUAAGUUUUGUAAACAGAAAUUAUUUCAGUUCCAGUAUAUUCCUUUAAUAUUAAGCAAUCCUGUUACCAUGGAGCUACAUUAAUAAUUAUUGUUGAAUUGUUGUUCAGUCAAUGCAGUGAAAACAGCCUUUUUAUGUAAGAGAAAGGAAAGCAAGGACUAAAUGAGCAUCCUAAAAAAUUAAUGUAAUAGGGAUCGGCUUACUCUAACUAUGGUCAAUUCACUACCCAGGACCUACCUUAUAAAGGAUCAAAAUUAUUUUCCACCACACUUUAAGGAACACCCUACAGCUGUAGUUCAUUGAGGGGUGCGAUGUACAUUGUAGCGUGACUCAAAUAAAUUGCAGAUACCUAAAAUCCUAUAAGCCACCUACAUAGAACUGUCUAUAUCAGUAUGCCGAUAAUUAUUCAAAAACUGAUUUUUUUUUCAGAAAUUUUUUUUUAUUUUUAAGACAAGCAUUUGAGUCAGCCUUUGAAAGUCAAACAUCAAAGCGAUUUUUACAAAUUGCUUAAUAUACAUGUAUUUUGCCUAUAUUCCAUUUGCACAAGCUUAUUUCCAGCUACAUUUUUAACAUUCCUUUUCAACAAUAUUACCAUACUCUACAUUUCUUAUCCUAGCCAUGGGAGGAUCUCCUCAUCCCAGAAUCAGUGGACAGUGCCUUGCAAGAGGUCUGAUUUUACUCAAUUUAUAUUAUUUAAAUUAAAUGUUCAGUGAUACUUUUAAAAGUAUUUGUAUAAGUAAUUUUUAGACUUGAGAGUAAGUUGGCAUUGACAGUGCUAUCCAUGAAUGACAUGACUAUGGCCUUAUGAUUUUUCUUAUUUUACUUUUUUCAGUUUCUUAGUCUUCUUCUUCAGAACUAUAUCUACAAUUGGUACAGGUUAGUCAGUUAUAAAAACAGGAAAAAUACACACAAUAUAAAAUUUGGGUGACAUAACAUAACUAUAAACUAGUUAUAGUGACAAAACUCUGGCUUUGGGAGACAAAACUUCACUUGAUAUGACUUUGUUACCUUUAUUAAUAAUUGUCUUUUCUUUACUUACAAACACUGUCUACCACUCUUUAGGGAAUUAAGCUGUAGUGAAACUUGUAUUGAUGAAAUCCGCACAAGCAUCAGAUAUAUGGCAGCUGUGCUUAUAAAAAGGAUACGUAAGGUAAAGCAGCUUUUCAUAUUGAGAUGAAAUAAUCAAAUAGUGUACGUCAAGGUAUCAAAUGACUUCGAGAUCAAUUUGGAAUUUUUCGUCUGCCCGAGAUUUUUUUCAAAAAGUAUCAAAAUUGCAAUUUGAGCUUUUUGAAAAAACACACGAGUAAUGAAUUCCAAAUUGAAGGAGAAAAGUCACAUGAUUACCCCUUAAGAAUAUAUACAUGAAAACAUUUACCAGUCAAAAUUACAGGGUAGUGGAAUCUGUUUAUAUUGGCUACUGUUGAGAACCCAGAAAAUACUUGUUUUUGCACUGUUUGUACUAAAAACUGCAUUGCUCUCAGCCAAUCAGAUUCAAUUAUUAUUUUUUUUGUGGUAUAUUAUUAGCAUAGAAAAGCUGAAUACCAACAGGACUUGUGUUUUGAAUAUAUUAUUAAACUAUGACUUUGCAUUUAACAUAGGGCAAUCAAACUUGAUUUAUUGUGACAAAAUUGUAACAAAAUUGGGAACGUCUUGUGCAUUUUUUAUAGAAUGACUCAUAUCCAAAAUUAGUCAGGUCAUUAGUGCUUUCGAGUUAAUUAUGUACUAUAUAUAAAAAUGUACCAGAAAUGAUUCAGUCACUCUUGUAGCUGUACGACUGUGAGGUAGGUUAUGGCUCCAGUUUAGUAUGAAUACAUGAAUGUAAAUCCCUUUUAUCAGAUAUUGAAAUUGAACUGCGAAAGUAAUGCAUGUAUGCUGAUACAGGGGAAAAUGUUCUUUAUUUAUGGUGUUGCUUUAAUACUUUGCAGAUCGACAUUCCAACUCUAGUCACAGAAAACUUGGGGAAAGAAGGAUUAAAGCAUUUAGAGAUGUACCUUAGAGCCAAGGAAAAAGGUUACUUAAAAUACCAUUAUGAGUGUUGAUUUAGUGAUAUUUAAUAUUUAUACUCACUUUCUUUAUUUUUUAUUUUUAUUUGCCUAACAUCCCGGAAAUCGAUUUGAUUGCAUGUACAACUCAUGUAAUUUUAGGGAACUCAUGUUACGUUAAGUAAUGUUAACUUGAUAGCAGUCAGUGAGAAGGCAAGACUUUUAGACCUCCCUAGUAACAGUUUCAUCAGAGUGGAGGAAAUAAAUUCAAAGCAAAUGGGCGGUAAUAAGCUUCCUGAGAGGUGGCAAGAAUGAAAAAAAUAACGUAUUGGAGUCUUUUUUUAGUGUCAAUGUAUCAGGCAAAAACGUACUAUUAUUAUUGAGGACAUUAGUGGUCUGAUCGUGAAUAAUGUGACUCAAAAGAUUGAAAAUUUAGCAUUCAAAAUAAAAGUAAUCUGUAGUGAUCAACUUACCAUCUUUUUUCCUUGUACAGUAACAUUGUCACGUUCCACCAGUCUGCAGACAGCUAUUCUGGAACAAUUUAAUCCCAGAAUGCACUGUGCACUGCAAAGCCGUCCAAUGGAACUUCAGUAUCUGAGAAAACUGUCAGAGAGCAUUCUCCCCUUUCUGUUACCUCCAAAUGCCUUGCGAUGCAGG